ACCGUUUCGAAACGCUACCCAUCAUGGGUGCUGCGAGCUCGUCGCGUCUCCUUGCGACGACCGAAGCCGCGCUGGCCGACGGCGCCGAGGUCCUCGACCUCUCGCACGAGCCACUCCGUGUGCUGCCACCCACCUUCAUUGCGAUGCUCUCCUACAGCGUGCAGCUCAAGGAGCUGCGGCUCUCGAGCGCUGGCCUCACGCAGCUGCCCGCGAGCUUUGGUCGUCUCGCCGCCCUCGAGCGUCUCGCGCUGGACCGCAACCAUCUCAAGGAAUUGCCCAUCUCGUUCCAUGAACUCCGACGGCUCCGCGCGUUGGACGUGAGCUACAACCAGCUGGCGUCGCUUCUCGGCAACUUUUGCGACCUCGUCGAGCUCCAGCAUCUCUGGCUGCACGCGAACAAGCUGUCCGCGCUCCCAGACGCCUUUGGGAAUCUCCAGGCGCUCAAGACGCUCAGUGUGCAGAACAACAUACUGGGGCGGCUCCCGUACUCGAUCGUGCGGAUACCAGGGCUCGAGGUUGUCGACGCCAGCGACAACCAUAUCCUGGACCUCCCUAUCGAAUGGGAGACGUGCCCGGCGCUGCGCACGCUUCGGCUCUCGCACAACUACCUCAACAGCAUCCCGACGGGUCUCUGGGAUCUUCUCCAGCUCGAGACGCUGACGCUAUCGCACAAUCGCCUCGUGGAGCUGCCGGUGCCAACACCUGUCGCUGCGCUGCCGAGCCUCACCAACCUCAGUCUGAGCUACAACCGCAUUGACGCUCUUCCAGCGUCGCUGCUGCAGAUGCCCCGCGUCCAAGUGCUCACACUCGCGACCGUCGACGACAGUCUUUUUCGACUCGUGGACCUCGUCUUCCUCGAUCUCUCCGAGAAUAGCUUGGCGGUGCUGCCGUCUGACGGGUGGCACUCGCUCGUACGCCUCGUCGAGCUUCACAUUGCCCACAAUCGGCUCUCGGCGGUACCAAGCGGCUUGGAACUGCUUCCAAAGCUCCAAUUUCUGAAUCUGAGCAACAAUGUGCUGCAGACUUUGCCCGACGCUAUGGGGCAAUUGACGUCGCUAGAGACACUCUGGUGUCAUAACAACGAGCUCAAGGGCCUUCCACCGACCAUUGACGGGCUGCAGCAACUGCACACGCUUUUUCUCGAGCACAACCCCAUGACGCGCGUACCAUCGACGCUCUCGUCCUUGUCAGCGCUGUGUCACCUCAGUAUGGACCGCAAGUCGUUUGCGCUGCUGGACCCAGAGCUGAUUUCGUUCUGCAACCAACGACCGGCGUUUGAGAUCCAUGGACUAUAG